GGUUACUGCCCCUGGACGCCUCUUGCACCACAGCCGGUGGUCCUCGUGCCUGAGCGGGUCGUCUCUUGGCCGGGUUGGAUAAACCCGCGACGGCUCGUCCCGACCCUAUCUAGCAGACUUGCAAGGUCUCAAGGCAUCCGUUGGGAGGCCGCAUCCCGAAGAGUUGGCGCGGGAGAGGAAUGGGGCUCGGGGCUCCGAGUCGAGAGCCCCUUCCCCCAAGCAAGAGGGACUCCUCCUCUUCCUAGACGUGGGAUGGAGGGAGGGCGCUAUUCCAUUGGAUUUGUUGCAAAGGAACAAGUAGGGCUGAGUCCAAGCCCAAGGGCCUGGAGGGUAACGAGCGACCAGCGGAAGGGCUAGUGGCGGAUUUGGGGCGCCUUCGAGAGGGCGAGGCUUUUGGGGGGGGGAGGGUCCCACGCGCGGGCGGAGCGCAGCGACGAAGGGGUUAAGGCGCCGCGCCCCGCCCCAACCCGGGCAUUGGCUGCCCCGGGGGGCGUGGCCUGAGGGCGGGCUCGCGUUUGCCGCAGCCGCUGGUGGGCGGGGCCCGGGCGGGGAGCAGGAGGGGCGCGGAGCCGAUCCGGGCCCGCGCCGCGCGCCCAGCCGGGCGGGCUUCGGGCUGCACCAGCGAGCGGGACCGGUGGCGCCGGAGUCGGAGACCCUGCGUCGGACCCUGAGGCAGCGAGUAAGUGAGACAGGCCCAUCGUGGCAUCCCUCCUGGCUCCGACCUGCUGCUGUGCCUCCUGCACUGCGCGGCACGUCAGACCGGACUCAGACUGGAGGAGAAAACCGCAGUCCAGGAUGGCUCAGUCCUCCCCUCCAAAGUCGCGCAGCUGGUUUGGGCCGAGCCCUGACUGCGAGAGUGAGGCACAUGGCCCCUGCAGACCGGGCCUCGGAGGGUCCCAGGCUUGAGGAUCCGUCGGCCCCUCACCCCCUUGGAAAGUGCCCUCCUGGCUUAGUCAUGGCGAAGCUGGAGACACUGCCUGUGCGAGCUGACCCAGGGCGGGAUCCUCUCUUGGCCUUUGCCCCACGGCCCUCUGAGCUUGGACCCCCGGAUCCCCGCCUGGCCAUGGGCAGCGUGGGCAGUGGGGUGGCCCAUGCCCAGGAGUUUGCCAUGAAGAGCGUGGGUACCCGUACAGUGGGUGGGGGCAGCCAGGGCAGUUUCCCUGGCCCCCGAGGCAGCAGCAGUGGGGCCAGCAGGGAGAGGCCAGGCCGCUACCCCUCAGAGGACAAGGCUCUCGCCAACUCCCUCUACCUCAAUGGCGAGCUGCGGGGCAGUGACCACACCGAUGUCUGUGGCAACGUAGUUGGCAGCAGUGGUGGCAGCAGCAGCAGUGGUGGCAGCGACAAAGCCCCACCGCAGUAUCGUGAGCCCGGCCACCCACCUAAGCUCCUGGCCACCUCUGGCAAGCUAGACCAGUGCUCAGAGCCACUAGUCCGGCCAUCAGCCUUCAAGCCUGUCGUACCCAAGAAUUUCCACUCCAUGCAGAACUUGUGCCCCCCGCAGACCAAUGGGACUCCUGAGGGACGACAGGGCCCUGGUGGCCUCAAAGGCGGACUGGACAAGUGUCGGACCAUGACUCCAGCGGGUGGGAGUGGGAGCGGCCUCUCAGACUCAGGCCGGAACUCCCUCACCAGCCUGCCCACCUACAGCUCCAGCUAUAGCCAGCACCUGGCGCCCCUCAGUGCCUCCACCAGCCACAUCAACCGCAUUGGCACUGCCAGCUAUGGUAGUGGCAGUGGUGGCAGCAGUGGUGGGGGGUCGGGCUACCAGGACCUGGGGACCUCUGAUAGUGGACGGGCCUCCAGCAAGAGCGGGUCGUCAUCAUCCAUGGGGCGGCCAGGCCACCUGGGCUCUGGGGAGGGUGGAGGUGGAGGCCUGCCAUUUGCGGCCUGCUCACCGCCCUCGCCCAGUGCACUCAUCCAGGAGCUGGAGGAGCGGCUGUGGGAGAAGGAGCAGGAGGUGGCAGCUCUGCGGCGCAGCCUGGAGCAGAGCGAGGCGGCAGUGGCCCAGGUGCUGGAGGAGCGGCAGAAGGCGUGGGAGCGGGAGCUGGCCGAGCUGCGGCAGGGCUGCAGCGGGAAGCUACAGCAGGUGGCCCGCCGUGCCCAGCGUGCCCAGCAGGGCCUACAGCUGCAGGUGUUGCGGCUGCAGCAGGACAAGAAGCAGCUGCAGGAGGAGGCGGCCCGGCUGAUGCGGCAGCGGGAAGAGCUGGAGGACAAGGUGGCCGCCUGCCAGAAGGAGCAGGCCGACUUCCUGCCCCGGAUGGAGGAAACUAAGUGGGAGGUGUGCCAGAAGGCUGGCGAGAUCUCCCUCCUGAAGCAGCAGCUGAAGGACUCGCAGGCGGAUGUGUCGCAGAAAUUGAGUGAGAUCGUGGGGCUGCGCUCGCAGCUGCGGGAGGGCCGGGCCUCGCUGCGGGAGAAGGAGGAGCAGCUGCUCAGCCUGCGGGACUCCUUCAGCAGCAAGCAGGCCAGCCUGGAGCUGGGCGAGGGAGAGCUGCCUGCCGCCUGCAUCAAGCCGGCGCUGACCCCCGUGGACCCGGCUGAGCCACAGGAUGCUCUGGCCACCUGCGAAAGCGACGAGGCUAAGAUGCGCCGUCAGGCCGGGGUGGCCGCCGCCGCCUCCUUAGUUUCCGUGGACGGGGAGGCGGAGGCCGGCGGGGAGAGUGGGACGCGGGCCCUGCGGCGGGAGGUGGGGCGGCUGCAAGCCGAGCUGGCGGCCGAGCGGCGGGCCCGGGAGCGCCAGGGUGCCAGCUUCGCAGAGGAACGCCGCGUGUGGCUGGAGGAGAAGGAGAAGGUGAUCGAAUACCAGAAGCAGCUGCAGCUGAGCUACGUAGAGAUGUACCAGCGCAACCAGCAGCUGGAGCGCCGGCUGCGGGAGCGUGGGGCCGCAGGGGGUGCGAGCACGCCCACUCCCCAACAUGGCGAGGAGAAGAAGGCAUGGACCCCCUCCCGCCUCGAGCGCAUUGAAUCUACAGAAAUCUGAUGGACCUGGGCACUCGGCCUUAUGACAAAUGCCCUGUCAAAAGGCCAGAGUCCCCAGUGUCCCCUCCCCUCCACCUCUUUUCCCCGUAGACCCCAUAUCCCCAGACCAAAGAGGUUCUCUAAGCAGCUGUGACCAGGUUCCUCCCUCCUCACUUGCUCUCCCAGCUCCAGCACUGCCCCUGUGGCAUCCCACUCGGACCCUCCUAAAAGAAGGGAAUAGGGGGAGGGCAGGGCAAGUGAGGGUGAUUCUAGGUGGUGGGGUAGUCAUGCUCCCUUUCUUGGCACCCCCUUGAUGGAGAUAGAGGCAGCAGGCCUGCAGUGAUGAGGUGCCCCAGUCCUUCUGGGGUUCUGGGCUGCUACUGUUGGCCCCCCGGUGUCUAGUGAUGCUCACUGUGUUCACCUCCUAGGCCAAAGGAGCCUGAAGGGGCCUGCACAGGGUUUGCUGAAACUGACAGACCCUGGGCUCCUGACCUCUCUCCUCCCUGUAGUCCUCUCCUUCCCUGGGUAGAUUGGCAGGACAAGUGGGAGCAGAUGGCCUGCCUGUGGUUGAGAGGGCUACCUGCCCAGCCCCUCCCCCACCAAGGUCUCUUGGGCUCAGGCCUCAGUGCCUGGCCUGGUCGUGAGUGUGUGUCCCUAUGUGUGUGUUGCGGGAGGGGAGGGCUGGGGCUGGAAGUCCAGCACCCAGGGAAGAUCUGCCCUCCUGUUCUUGGGAAGGGUUGCCUGACGGCUUCUCGACUCUACCCUCACCCUUCUGGCCAGGAUCCCGCAGGGCAACAGCCCCAUCUGCUUGACUGACCCACACCCAGGGCCACUGUCCGGCUCUAAUACAGCUAUUAAGUGCUACCUGCCUCUCAGGCACUCUCCCCCCCCGGUUUCUGAGGUCAGACGAGUGUCUGCGAUGUCUUCCCGCACUAUAUUCCCCAGCCUCUUUCUGCUUUCACGCUCAGCAUAUCAUCUUCCUAGGCAGCCUCCCCCAGAGUCUCACCUUUUCUUCCAGUAGAAAAUUCUGCUUGACCUUUGGUGCACUGCCCACUUCCCAGCUCCACUGGCCCAAGUCUGAGCCGCAGGCCCUUGUUUCAGGGGCAGGGGGAGGGUUAGACGUGAUUGCCCUUGAAGAACAAGGCUGACCUGAGAGGUUCCUGGCACCCUGAGGUGGCUCAGCAUCUGCCCAGGGUAGGCCUGGCAUGAGGGGUUAGGUCAGCCAAUGUCAGUUCCUUCUCUUGGGGCCCUCUCAGAGUCCAUCUCCCCAAGACAGGAAGGGAAAAGCAAAUUUCUAAUUCACCAGCAAUAAAAAUUGGAGGAGGCUUGGCCCUCAGCCCUUAUAUUUCUCUUUUUUCACUCUCUCUUUCUCCCACCCCCAAGACUGAGUUUGGGGGGGCAGGGUGGAGAGAGCUGGCAACUACUGUGAGCAAGUCCCCCAGCCCCUGACCAGCCUCCUCCCAUGACUGGUGACUGUUUAAUGAGCUGUGCAUCCCCCACAAAAACAUGAGUGCCCCUCUGUGUGGCCUCUAACCCUCUGCACAGCCCUUCUAGGUGGUCCUCACCAGUUCUCAGAGCUGGGUGGGAGGCCACCCUGGCAACCACUGCCCAUUCCAUUUACCCCUCACUGCACCUGCCCUAGAACCUGGGCCUAGGCCACAGGGGCAGGGAGAAGAGAAGGCAUUAGUAAGAAAAAAAAAUAUGAACAGACUCAGCUUUGGGACGUCCAACCACAAAAGAAAUUAUAUACAAAUAUAUAUAAAUAUAUAUCUCUACCAUAUGUGAUGGAAAGACUUUGUUUUCCUUUCCCAAAGAAAUAAAAUGGAGAAAGCCUCUUGAGUGGUA